UGCGCUUUCCAUUUUUGAAUUUUCUCCGUGUUACUUUAAUAAUAAUUUGAUUUCGGUAGCUUUAUCCCGCGAAUAUUGAAAAACUUUUUUAGAUACAAAAUGGACCCAGAAUUCUAUUACCUAUCACGAACUUCCUGAAAGUUUAAGGUUUUCAAUUUCAGUUAUCGAAAAAUUAUAAUAAUGGAAUGAGAUGCAGAAAUUUGUUUUGCCAGACUUGAAUGGUGGAAUUUUCUGUUUGGAGAAGAUUUUGAUUGAUUGUUUAUAGUUUGAAAAGCUAAAAGUUUGUGAAGAUUUUCAUUAGAAGUCCUAAGUUAAUAAAUAUCAAUAAUGGGAAAUCUAUGGGGAAAAUUCAGAAAAAAAGCUACAACAUACGAACAGUUGGAAAAAUUAGAUUCCCAGAUAAAGGCAAUAGAAGAAUAUGGGGUAACAACAGAACUCAAACAACGAAAAGUAGCUGGUCGUUUUAUGCUCGUGUCGGUAUUUCUGUAUUUGGUGACAGCUUUGAUAUUUUAUUUCUAUCUAUUCCCAGAGGAUAUUUAUCAAAGGAUACUUUAUAUUGUUCCCUUGAUUGCAUCCCCUUUAAUAAUCAUUUUCAUAAAAAGAGUAUUAACUUGGUGGUACAACCGAAAAUUAAAAAAGAAUCAAGAAAAAUUGUCAUUGCUCCGAAAGAAAAAGAAGGAAAUAUUAGAUAAUGUUAUGGAAAAGGAGACUUAUAAAGUAGCAAAACAAAUACUAGAGACAUUUGCUCCAGAUGAAGUUAUAAGCAGGAAAUCCCUUAAUGGAAACUUCGAAACACCGAAAAGGGAUAGUUCCUUUAUUCUCUCAAAGCCAUAUCCAGUUGGUUUACGCCAGAGAGCUCUGAUGCAGAAUGCUGAGAGGGCUACAAAUAUGUCUGUAGGCAAGUCAGCGAUAUCUGAUAAAACAAAGUUUUCUGAGAAUCCUAUGGUAUUGAAAUCUGCAGUCCCAAAGUCAAUGAAUAACAGAACACUACAAAGUGACAAUCUGAAUUUUAGUACAAAUCUCUUGUCUUCAACUCCUAAACUACCCAUGGUUAGAUCUUUGCUUCCACGUGAAAGAUCAGCUUUUGAUAAGUUAGUAGACUUCUUAGUUGGAGAUGGACCUUCCAAUAGAUACGCACUGAUAUGUCAAAAAUGUUUCAGUCACAAUGGUAUGGCCUUGAGAGAAGAAUUUGAAUAUCUGAGUUUCAAUUGUUGUUAUUGUCACCACUUUAAUCAUGCUAGAAAACAAAAGCCCCCAGCUCCAAAACUAGGUAUUAGAAACAGUCCAAUGAGGACUUUGAAGGAAGCAGAUACUUCGGAUUCUGAGAAAAAUUCAUCUGGUUCAGAUUCUGAUUUGCAAACUCUGCAAAAGAAUGAAGAAGACCAACCAAAAGCAUCUCCAUCUUCAGAUAUUGAUGCCGAUGUUCCAGAUCAUGUGAACGAAACAAUUUCUUCAACAAUUGAAGAAAUGGAUGUAUCAGAAAUUCCUGAAAGUUCAUAGCUAAGUAAAUCAAUUAUGAAAAUAUCGUAAAUUCUUUUCAUGAAAAUGUUGAAUAUUUUUUUACAUUUUGCAGUCCUAUUGUCUGACUGAAAAUGGGAAGGGAAAGAGCUGUUUAAAGUUACAAAUUGAUACAGAGUUUUCUUUGUAUGAGAACAAUAAUUAUCAAUUAUUUUAUAUUUUAUUUUUUUAAUUUAUCCUUAGGAUUGAUUAUUAAACAGUCUGAUUUUGCUCAAAUUUAUUGGGUUACUUCUCUAAAGUGAAUUAAACAUUGAAAUUCCAAAGUUCGAGUCACAUUAAUGUCCUUGGAGAGGAUUCAGAAAUGUUCAUAUGACAAACUUGGCUUCCAUUAGGUUAUGUAUCUAUUCAUAUUCCAGUUUACUUCCUCAACUUUAAUUUUAAUGAUUGUUGCUUAAAAUUAUGUUCCAUAGUAUCAAUAUAUUGACAAUUUUCCAUAUUGACUCAGAUUAAAAUCUUGGGAAUUCACCUCAAGACACUUUGCCAGAUAUUGACUGGAUCCACAACAAGGGGUUAUAAUUUUUAAAUUUUUUAUCUCUUAGCUGGUUUUGCUUUAUUCCUGAUGACUAGAAUGAAGAACAGCUCAUCUUUUAACGUUUUAUUUGAAAUUAAUGUGUAAAAUUUACCUUGUUUUCUUUUAUUGAUUGUUUUUAACUCCAAGACUGACGAACGUUCAUUGUUCGAUAUCUAUUUUUGUUUCCAUUGAAAUUGGAAAAUGAGCGUUAUUUUGGACUUCAAAAUAUAAUUUUCUUUAAAUUUUUAAUUUUCGAUUUAAGAGCUCUUGAUUGAAUUGUUCUUUAAUAAGGAAGGGUUAAGUUUUGUAAUAGUCAGGAAAUUUUCAAAAUCUUCAAGAACCUUACAUUCAAAAGAGAAAUACACUGAAGGGGCUACAAACCUCCAUGCACAAACAUACAAUUCACAACGAAUAUCAAAAUUAAAUGAGGAUUGAUAUUUUUAAUAAGCUAACAUAAAAAUAGCGUUUUCAGGACAUAGAAACAAACAUAGACAAGCAUAUUAUAUUCGGUCAUAAUGAGCAAUUCAUGAUGUGGGCCUUCUACUUUAUAUUUUUGUUCCUGCUCUAUUCUGACUGUACGAAGCAAUGUAUUCAAGGGAUAUGUUUGAUGCUUGUAACAUAAACAUUGCCUCAUAAAAGUUUCAGCACAGUCUUCAGAUAAAGUAAUGAUUUUUAGAUCUGUUGAUGCCAAACGUAGAAGGACACUCAAAGUUUCCACAGAUGUAUCUAAAAAACCGAAUGAAUUUUUUUUCUGAAAAGUUUUAGAUCAUAAAGAAUGUCCGGGAUCGAUUUAACUAAAAUAUUAUUAUCUCAGUGAUUCCGGUUAUACCAGAAAAUGAGCCGAAUUUUGUUUUUUCAAAUGGGACAUCACAUAUUUCAUCACAUUUUCAGAUUCUCCACAAAAUUCAGUUCAUUUAAUCUUUUUCAUUUCCAAAUUUCAAGGUUCUGUAGAUAUAAAGUAAUUUGUCUCAAAUCUGACAUGAAGAUUUGUCCCAUUCGAAAUAACAAAAUUUGGCUCAACUUUUGCACUACAAUUUACAAAAAAACAAUUCCAUUCAGUUCUCUAGAUACUUCUUUGUAGUGAAAAAAAAAUACAAAUUGUGUCAUUAUGUCUGAAAAAAAAACCUUACCUUUGAAACCAUACUUGAGAAAAUCGGCUUACCUUAUCUGUGGAAAAUCUCAUCUGACUUCUCAUCCGAUUUCAAAUAAGUUUUACAUGGUUUUUAACCCAAAUCGAAUUCAUGUAACAAAAUAACCUGAUGGGGAGAGAAGCUUAAUGGACUUGCUAACGAUAAAUAACUUUUUUGUAAAUAUUAAGUUACAGGAAAGCUCGAUAUGUUCUUGAAAUCUCUUUUAAAAGAGUUGAUCAUGAGCUGAUAAUUUAUUUAUUGCAUCAUCGAAACACUCUGCUUUUUCUUUGGAAACAAAGGAUUAAAGUUGGAAUCUUUGAUAUUUUCUAGUCAUUAGUAUCGAGAAUCAUUAGAGUAGUUUUGGACCAGAAUUAAAAAAUAAUUUUCUUUCGACAAAACAUAUUAAAUAGAAAUAGAUAUUUUAAAAAUGAAAUUAGGAAAAUUUUCUCAAUAGCCUUGCUUUGAAUUAGAUUUUUUGUACAAGAUAGCGUUAUUGAAAUUUCCAGCAAUAAUAGAUCUUAAAGUUUCCUUUAGUAUUCCAUCAUCUAUAAUUUCUUUUGCUAUUCUGUUUUUAUUAGUCAUCUAGGUAAUUUAAACAACAGUUUAUAAAAUAUGUAGACGGGAAUGUUAAAAUGAAAAUCCUGAUGCUCAAAACGUUGAAUCAUAAAAAUCCAUUAUAAAUAUCUGAUCACUAAUGUAAGUAAUGUUCAGUAUUCAUACAUUCAAUUGCUUUGUUGAAUUUUCUCUUGAAUAUUUAUGAAAUACUUCCCAAUUCUUUGCUAUGAAGAGAGGAAGCUUAUUUCAUUUUACAAUUGGGUGUUCUUGAUACUGUGGACUGUUAGUAACUGAUUGCUUUGUGCCUUUCGAAAUUUUAUACCUAAUAAUUGGAAUAAAGAUAUUAUAUUUGU